UAAUAUGACAUAAUGUCAAUAGAAAAAGAAUUUACGGCAACGUAUAAUAUUCAACGAAACAUGGCUUGACAAAAAGACAUUAGCAGAUAUAUUUCAUUAGUUUGCUAUAAUUUAUGUAUAAUGUUAUAAACAUUUUCAAUACUACAUAUAUUACAACCCGGUCGGAUCAAUCUGUCACUUUUAGUCUUAUUUUGAAAUAGUUGAUAUGCUAGCAGGUUUUUUUUUACAUAUUUCCUUUUAUCAAAUCAAUGUAUCAAUAAGCUUGGCAUUUGUAAAGGACUCUACUGAGUCAACACUCUUUUUUUUGUGAAAUAAAAUGCAUGUGUUUUCUUUGGAAUGUACAGCAAAUAGCAUAGAAUCAUAGUAUUUUUUCUGAUAUUUCCUUAAUAAAGUAACCAGUUUAGUAUAAAAAAAAAAUGAUUUUUUAACGCCGUUCGGUGUGGUUCAGACAGAUGUGUAGGGACGAAUUAUUGAUCACUCGACAAUGAUCGUUCGAAACAUUUCUGGUCCUUUGAUGCCCCGCGGACGUACAAUGAUUGCUUUGUGCAAAAGGCGAAGAGUUACAUGUUCGUCAAUGCCGUGAGCAACAAUAAAAGUGAUCUUUCUGACAUUCCUCUGCUGGCGGCUCGUCAUCCAUCAUCGUCUCUCGAUAAACCGCCAUGAUGGUCAUUCGUACUCUUGAACAAUUAACAAAACAACUCCUACCUGACAACAAGGAUCAAUAAAGCAGGCAGUCAUUGUGCUCGCACAACCAAUCAGAACCUUUCAUUUCCCAUUAAUUUUCCCCGGUCCCUCUCAAGAUUGAUAAAGCCCACGUUUUUUGCAUUUUGGUCAUCAGUUCUUCAUAAUUCCAUCUUAAUCGUGGAUCUCGUCACAGUAUUGCUGGUCUUAGCACGUUAAGUUGCCUAAUUCGCUUAAGUCUUCCUCAUUUUCACCACUGCUGAGCAUGUCAAGACCGGAUCACAUUAUAAGCCAGUAAUAUAUUUCAUAUUCAACGUCACGCCAUGUCUUACGAUCACCGGAGCUCACUGCUUGCAAGCUUCAAGAAACCCAGGCCGACAGACAACGGAUCCAACGAGGACCCAGGACAACUACUAGAAUUCCCAGCGAUAAAUGGCGCCAAGGCGGAAAAGGGACUCAAAAACGGCUAUCAGCUUGGACGCCCUGCGCUUCUGAAAAAAGGUGGGAAAUACAGGGUGUCAUACAAGGGACUCAAAGAACAGAAAAGGAUUCCAUUCCUGAAAGACAUUUUCCAGACAUUGAUAGAUAUAAAAUGGCGGUAUGCUAUUUUAAUUUUCUGUGCAACCUUCCUGUUUGUAUACUUUGUGUUUGCUGUACUCUGGUACAUAUUGGGCUAUGCCCAUGACGAUUUCAACCCCGAAAACAUGAACAAUCCAAACUGGCGGCCAUGUGUGGAGAACAUGAAAACGUUUGCCGACUCGUUUAUGUACUCAGUUGAGACCCAGACCACCAUCGGAUACGGCGGUCUGUACCCUAAUACCCAGUGUGGCGGCACCCUAUUUCUUGUCUACCUACAGGUAACGGUCGGAUUCCUCAUAGAAACCCUCCUGGUAGGAUUUAUCCUCGUCAAGGUUGCCAGGCCCAAACAUCGGCGGCUCACCCUCCUGUUCAGCGACAGCCUGUGUGUUUGUAUAGAAGACGGAGAACUUUGUCUACAAGUACGGGUAGGAGAUAUGCGUAAAUCCCACUUAGUCGACACCACUGCCUCUGGCAUCUUCAUUAGCGAAAAGGUUUCCAAAGAAGGCACCGUCUAUCCGCUGUACCAAAACGCUAUGGAAUUUGAAGCGCACGGAAUGGACAGCCGUGUAUUCAUGAUGUGGCCAUUAGUUCUCAAGCACAGAAUUAACGCCAAAAGCCCUCUAUGGAACAUGGAGUUUGAUGAAAUCCUGUCCAAUACAUUCGAAAUUAUUGUUUUACUGGAGGGAACUAUUGAAUCUACAGGAGAAAUAUGCCAAGCAAGAACAUCAUAUUCUUCAAAGGACAUACAGUGGGGAUCCCGGUUUGCUAAUAUAGUAGACUUUGAUAUACAAUCAGGCCUCUGGGAAGCCAAUUUCAAGCAAUUUAAUGAAACUGUUCCCACUCCUACGCCAAAGUGUAGCGGGCGUGACGUCACCAACAUCUACAAUGGAACUGGCAAUUUGGAGAAUAAUGAAGGAGCCACUGGGCGGUCGAGUUUCCGGAGAACCCAAAGCCACGCAGGACCCUUGAACUACAUGCUUGGGAAAGCCAGUCACGUGGCAGAUGUUGCACGGGAAACAGGGAGGGGCGCAGUAUCAUUCCAGGAGGAACCCUACAACAGUCAGAAGUGGAGACUGUCGAUGCCGUCUUUUUGAGAUGCUCCACGGAACAAGACUUGUAUAUAUACCACUGGUACCAGAGCACAACUGCCAUUUAAUGGAGCCUCUGGUGAAUUUUGCAUCAAGGAAAAAAGCCAUGUUGGAAAACCAGCUUUUCGGUUAUAGGGAGGACAAAGGAAGAGUCGCUUCCUUAUAAGGAAUCACAAUUCCUUAACCGGGGGGACAUAUUGUCUCCAGUAGUUUUGUACAGUGUCUUAGCCUCGGGCAUGACCUUGACCCUUGACCUUGAUAUUAGUCAUGCAUUUGACCUCUGAUCUUGGUCUUUGUCAUGAUCCAUGACCUCAGACUAGAUAAGGUACGAAAUACUUUUUGAAAAUCCAUUUGUUUUCAAUAUUGAAUAGUUUUAGUUUUGUUCUUGACUACAUUUGUUCAUAAUGCUGACGCUAUCACAAAGCUGAUGUCCAGGUACUGGUGCACCUGGGCGGUCGUAGGCUAACAUUGUGGUUAACUGUAUAUAGUGUAUGUUACAUGUACAAAUCAAUUUUCACCAACUGCAUAAUCCAGUUUUAUAAAUACAAAUUCCAUAUGUGUACCAUAUUAUUACUAUCACGUACGUAUACGCUAUUACUUUGAUGUGAAAUCAUUGUUAGCUGUUCGUAAAAUCCAUGAUAAAUACAACGUGUUAUUCAAUAUCGAUAAACAACAAAAGUAUUUUUCUUCGAAAUAUUAACGAUUUCGUUUGAACUCCCUGCUCAAAAAACCUAAAUGAAAAUCUUGCAUGAUUAACAUGUAGUUCAUUUUUGGUCUAAACUGAAUUAUCGAUUCACUAUAAUUUAAAGGUAGUUGAAAUACAUUUUCUAACCAGCACUAAUGAUGUUUUUCUUUCACUAAAGAGAUGCAUUUUUCUUUUCUUACUAACAAAAGACACUGGAAUUAAGCUAAGAUAGAACUAAAUGAAAAAGUAACCUUUCCCGCAGAAAUAUUCUGAUUUUUCCGAUUUACUGAAUGGUCAUAAUUUUAAAUAUUAUUUACGAUUAACUUUUGUGUAUGUAGUGUGCCAUAGCCUAACUGAGACCAAUACAAUCUUCUAAUGAAGAUAGGAAUAUAAACUAUAGGCUGUAACAAAUAAUUCUAAAUUACGUUCACCUUGUUUUCCUGCCAAGCAAUGUUAGUCCCUGUGUUGUAAUGAGUUGUAAUGUCCCCUUCACGCAGAUUCAGGCGCUAUUCUCACCAAGGAUACAGUCAUUCAAAAUCAUGACAAAUAUCAAAUAUUUUUAUAAAAUAGCACAUGAAUUUUAUUUAAAAUGCCAUUUUUGAAAACACGUUAUUGGUUUCGUUCCUCAAACCCACGUUUUGAAACGCCUGGGUUUCUUACAAUUAUAUUGGCGUGAACCAUACUAUUGUAUUACAUAUGUACCAAUAUUUUUUUUGUAUGAAUAAGAAAUCUAACAAAAAGUAAGAUUAAUUCUGUUCAGAAAAAAAUACUUUGAUCAUACUCACAAAGACUUGUAGACCUUUACACGUGUAUAUUUAUCCCUGCUACAAAUCCAUUUGCACUACAAAUUAUAUCUUUUUGCACGUUCAUUGUAUUGUUUUUAUUUCACAUCAAUAAAAUUGAAAAAGUUGUACCUAC